AUGAAAGUUUGUCUUGUUACGGUCGGGGCGACAGCUUCGUUUGUGAAGCUCGUCCGACAAGUGCUCAGCGAACCGUUCUUGGCGUCGCUCAAACAGCAUAACUACACUCACUUGCUGGUCCAGUAUGGCAAAGAUGGCAAGCCCGUUAUGGACGAAUUCCUAGAGAACAAUCCUGAGGGUAGUGAAGCUCUACAUGGGAUUGGGAUUGGUGGCUUCGACUUCAAGCCGAGCAUGACCCCAUCGAUCAUGAUGACAGUGCACAAUCCCGCCAAAAAUCAGGAGCAAGGACUGAUGAUCAGCCACGCCGGUACUGGCUCUAUCCUGGAAGGUCUUCGGGCUGGGGUUACUCUCGUUGUUGUCCCUAACACCGAUCUGGCCGAUAAUCACCAGGAACAACUGGCAAUCGAGCUUGACAAGACUGGACAUGCAGUGAACUCCUCAGUAGAGGACAUCACCUCUGCAGUCGAAAAAGCUGAAUCCAAGCGCAACGAGAAACCUGGCACGCAUGGCUCGCAAGGCGAGACAGAAGUACAGGUCAGUGGCGCCAUGGCCGAUCAGCUUGCCACUCUUGACUGA